AUGAGUUCGGCUUACGUGCAGCAGCAGUACAACCAUUCGGCCAUGUACGGAGGUGGCAGUGUGAUGGGUGUUGGUGGUGGUGGGAUGCUGGAGAACUCCGUUUACAACCAGUACAAUCCCAUGAACUCUAUGAACAGCAAUGGUCACUGCUACGGCUAUGGCACGGACAGUGGUGCCUCGGAGGGCUACCAUAGUCCUGGGCCGGUGUCGAGUCCAGAAUCGUACUUCAACAACACUAGUCCGGCCGAGUAUAGCCCAGCUAGUCCUUACACCAACUACGGAUACUGCAGCGCUGGAUCCAACGUGGGUGUGCAUGGAAGUGUGUCUACGGUGCCGAACGGUGCCAACAAUGGAUCUUGUGAUCCUUACUACGGCUACACCUCGAACAGCUUCAAAACGGCCUGUCCAACGGUUCCCCAAUACCGCACUCCUAUGACCGAGCCUAGUGCUAACUCCUACGAAAGGCCAUCGAUGAGUGACUUCCCAAAACGGGAACUAACCACCGUCAGUCAAGAAUCCCAGAACACAGUUCAACCCACGAUCGUCGUCACUGCCGGUAAACGACCACCUGCUACGGCUCCACUAGCACAUUCUGCAGGUCCAUACUAUAACCCUUACGCGUUACCAGUCGCCCGGAUCGGAUGUAGUCCAACGCACAGCUCAGGCAGCUCCGUCUCACCGACUCCCUCGCAGUGUAGCGGUCAGUCUGUCGGCAUCGUUCAGCCGGAGGUCGUGAAGAAACGCCGCCUGGCAGCAAACGCUCGCGAGCGGCGAAGAAUGAACAGCCUCAAUGACGCAUUCGACCGUCUGCGGGAUGUGGUUCCUUCGCUCGGGAACGAUCGGAAGCUGUCCAAGUUUGAAACGCUCCAGAUGGCACAGACAUACAUUGCGGCACUGAACGAACUACUCUCGAGAGACUAA